AUGUGGAAAGCAGUGGUACUGGCUGUGUGUCUGCUGGUGGCUGGGGUUCAGCCCAUUGACGUCCCAACAUAUGGAGUGAAGCUAUGUGGCCGUGAGUUCAUCCGGGCAGUCAUCUUCACCUGUGGAGGCUCUAGAUGGAGACGCUCACUCAGGAGUUCAGAUGAUUCAGAGGACCCAUUCAGCUCCAGUCAGAUGGAGUCCUCGGAGGGCUUGAUUCACAAUCCUGUGGUGGAGAGUCUCCUCCAGAGGAACAGAGAUCUGAGCUUCACCACUACAGACAGCCAUGAGGGAGUGUUCAGCAGGCCAGCCCGUUCUUUCAUCACUGAAGAAAUCCUGCAAGCCCUACGCAAGGCUGACCGCAAGGGCCGGGACGUAGUGGUGGGCCUGUCCAAUGCCUGCUGCAAGUGGGGCUGCAGCAAGAGCGAGAUCAGCUCCCUGUGCUGAGUCAACCUUCGCCAUAUGAGUGAACAAACUGGCAGACAUAUACACAAGUACACAAACAGACACACACUCCUUUUUUUCCACUUGUCAUGCAUUUAAGACAUUCUUUAUUGAGUUAAACUAUUGUGAACUGUUUAAUUUGUUCUUUGUUUGAAUUGUAAGGAAAGGGCUGCCAUGUGUUUUAAAUGUUUACAUUUUAUUUUAUGGUUACAAAUGAACAGCCUUAAUUAUUAGUCUUGAACCAAGCAGUUUUGUCUUGUCCAAUAAUUGUCACACACAUUGUAAUAAACGUUUUUCUGC